AUGGAGAUUAUUGUUGUUUGUUUCCGGAAGUGUCUUAUGCUAUCUCAUCCCAUGUCUUGUGGUCAACUUUUGAAACUUUUGUUAGAUGACAAAAGAGAAGCAAUGAGAAAAAGAACAUUUUUUCUCGGUCUUGACCUUCCACAUGAUGGAAUGAUGAAAUGUCAAAGUGCAAAGCAUAUUUUAGAACACUUACAAAUAUCUUGA